UGCUAUCGCGAGAUUAUGACGAGCGCUUCUAUCUGCGCUUUAUUUGCGCCUGCGCAGACCGGCUGCUCUGACCUUCGUUGAAGUGAACAUGUUCGCCAGGACUAGCGCGGCGGUGUUCCUCCCACAAUGUGGGCAGGUCAGGAGCAUGGCUACCUUGAAGGACAUCACCAUUCGGUUGAAGUCCAUCAAGAACAUCCAGAAGAUCACCAAGUCCAUGAAGAUGGUGGCCGCGGCAAAGUAUUCCAGAGCCGAGAGAUCCCUGAAGCCCGCCCGGGUCUACGGCACCGGUGCCAUGGCCCUCUACGAGAAGGCUGAGAUCAAGGCUCCAGAAGACAAGAACAAGCACUUGAUCAUCGGCGUGUCUUCUGACCGCGGCCUCUGCGGCGCCAUCCACAGCAGCGUGGCCAAAACCAUAAAGAACGAGAUCGCCAAGCUCGCUGGUUCCGGCAAAGAGGUCAUGGUUGUCAACGUGGGUGACAAGCUCCGAGGUCUGCUGUACAGGACCCACGGCAAUCACAUCCUGAUGAACUGUAAGGAGGUGGGCCGCAAACCUCCCACUUUCACCGACGCUUCCAUCAUCGCCACAGAGCUUCUGAACUCCGGCUACGAGUUCGACCAGGGCUCCAUCAUAUACAACAGAUUUAGGUCUGUGAUUUCGUAUAAGACGGAUGAGAAACCUCUGUUUUCGAUGGACACCGUUGCAGGCUCAGAAAACAUGGGCGUCUACGACGACAUCGACGCCGACGUGCUGAGGAACUAUCAGGAGUUUGCUCUGGUCAACAUCAUCUACUUCGGCAUGAAGGAGUCCACCACCAGUGAGCAGAGCGCCAGGAUGACCGCUAUGGACAGCGCCAGCAAGAACGCUUCUGAGAUGAUUGACAAGCUGACUCUGACCUUCAACCGAACCCGCCAGGCCGUCAUCACUAAGGAGCUCAUUGAGAUCAUUUCUGGAGCCGCUGCUCUAAACUGAAGCGUGACCGAGAUAAAGAGGAGCCCCGUGGACGUUCGGAGCGGUUCUGGCUCGCGUGCUCUCCGGUUUCCGUCACCCGGUGUAGAAUUCAUAAAUGUAUACGUGCUUCUGUUUGUACAAUUAUCAGACAAAAUAAACCUCUUACAGAGAAA